UCCUUGACAUUUCCUCCAGUCCGCCAGGCUGUGAAUCAGGAGGCUUUCAUAUCUGGCACCGCCACACUGUUGGCUUGGCUUGUACGGUGUCCUGCGGGCUGUGAAGAAAGCAAACUGGGGAGGGACAUUUCUGCACACCUCUUGAGUUUCUUCAAAGAGCUGCAGAGAGACACGGGAGAGGAGGGAGAUCACACAGAGGGGGGUAGAGAGGCGAAAUCAUCCCGUUUUUUCGUUCGUGAGCAGGAGCCACAGCUGCUUGGACCCGCUGUAGUCGGAUCCAGUCGGACACGAACGGGAUCAAAAUGCUGAAGUUCUUUACUGCGCGGGAUGACGAGAACGAAAGUCUGUUGGGAGCAAUAACAGAGGCAGAUGAAGGAGACAAUCCAUCUCUUCAGGACUCCAAACAACAUUGGCUGAACAGACCAUGCCUCCUGGUGCUCAAAGAUGGGGAUGUGCCCAAACCAGGACUAGGUUGUGGACAAAUCAGACCUGAAUCCCUAUCUAAAACAGCGUCAGAUGCUACAGUCGGUGGUCCCUGUGAGCAGAAACCAUCUGACCACACAGCCAAAAUGCCUUCACCUUCCCACCAACUGGAGAGAAAACCCCAGAAGGUGCUGAAACAGUUGGAGGAAGGCAGCUGCACUGUGACCGCCAUCUCCACAUGGGGCGACAGUUGUUUUGGAGAGCCCUCCAGUCCUCUGGUGCUGAGCCCUGCUGAGGCUGCAUGGCCUGAAGAAGAAGAGGCAGCAGUAGACAAGAAACCCCAGGUUCUCCUGUCCAAAGAGGACUCGGUGAUUGAAGAGAAGGAACUGGAAGAGAGUGGACUGGAGCAAAGUGAGCAGUCGAGCAGCUCAGAGGUGAAUGCAGCCUCUUCUGAGGAGACAAAUGGCAGUAGGGGGUCCAGGGAGGCCCAGAACCAGACCAGGUACAACGGACAGGAUGAGUCUGAUGUCUGUGAAGAGGGGGCGAUGGGGGAUGCAACCUCUCCUGGGAUUCCUGACAACGAAUGUCCGCCGAGUCCUGUCGGGAUUCUGUCCAAGGAUCGAGGCUCUGUCCUGGGGGAGGUAGCUCCUGUGUGGAUCCCCGAUGCUCAGGCUCAGGUCUGCAUGAAGUGUGGAACCAAGUUCACCUUCACCAAGAGAAGGCACCACUGCCGUGCCUGUGGGAAGGUUUUUUGUGCACUUUGCUCCAACCUGAAGUUCAGACUCACUCAUCUGGAUGGUAAAGAAGGACGAGUCUGUGUUUCCUGUCAUUCAACUCUGGUCAAAAGGACACCUCCAAGGGGGAAAAGACGGGUCUGGUUUGCAGAUGAGAUCCUCACCAAUAAGCAGUCAGAGUCUGCACCUACGACCCCUGUCCGAGGACCCACGUUCUCACCACUGAUGAGGCGGGCCCUUGGGGGUCCCGUGAAAAGCCCCGUGGGUUCGCCACAGUUUAGGAGAGCCUUGAGGCCACACGGAUCUGCAGCCAAUGAGGCCUGCGGUCCAUAUGGAUGGGGCACUGCAGCCCUGGUGAGCAGCGCUGCUAACCUUAUUCCCCUGGAUGGUCUGCCACCUAUUCUGACAUCCACUGGCGUCAAAGGAGAUUACACUGUGGAGGAGCAGCCCUCUGAGAUGCUGCUUAUUCAGGAGCUGGAGAGUGGCAGGCCCAAGCCGCUGGUGUUUGUCCUGAAUGCUAAUCUACUCGCUAUGGUCAAGCUGGUCAACUAUGUUAACAGGAAGUGCUGGUGCGUGACAACAAAGGGGAUGCACGCUGUGGGUCAAGUGGAGGUGGUUGUCCUGCUGCAGUGCCUGCCUGAAGAGAAAAGCUUCCCCAAAGACAUUUUUAGCCACUUUAUCCAACUGUACAGGGACACGCUCACAGGGAAGGUUGUGAAGCACCUGUCGCUGUCCCUGUUUGGCAGCAGUUUCCUGGGCAGCGCAGACCAUGCAGGCUUCCUGUAUGUUCAUGCCACUCUUCAGUCCCUCCAAGGUCUACCUCUGCCCAACCAGCCCUACCUCUUUGGCCUGCUGGUCCACAGAGCAGAAGUCGCCUGGGCCAAAGCCUUUCCCCUGCGCCUCAUGCUGCGACUGGGGGCAGAAUACAGAUUUUAUCCAUGUCCUCUGUAUAGCGUGCGCUUUAGGAAGCCUUUAUUUGGAGAGAUAGGCCACACCAUAAUGAGACUGCUAGUCGACUUUAGGAAUUACCGGUACAGCCUGCCGAUGGUACCCGGGCUCAUCGUGGACCUGGAGGCUCAGAGGACCUGCAUAAAGAUACCGACCAAUGGUUACAACGAGCUAAUGAAGGCUUUGACUAAGUCCAAUGAGCAUGUGCUGGCCAUAGGGGCGUGCUUCAACGAGACCGCGGACUCCCACCUCAUCUGUGUGCAAGGAGAUGAUGGCCAGUAUCAGACCCAGGCCAUCAGCAUCCACAACCAGCCACGCAAAGUGACCGGAUCGUGCUUUUUUAUAUUCAGCAGUGCACUGAAAGCAUCUGCAGGAUACCUCGCAAAGUCCAGCAUCGUAGAAGAUGGGCUAAUGGUGCAGAUCACCGUGGAAACCAUGGCAGAGCUGCGCCGGUCGCUACGGGAGAUGAAAGACUACAUUGUCACCUGUGGACGGUUUGACCAAUCAGACAGUCAGGAGCUUGUUUGUGUACAGUGGGUGGAGGAGAAAUGCACUGUGAAUAAGGGAGUAAUAAGCCCCAUUGAUGGCAAAUCCAUGGAGUCUAUUAGCAGCAAGAAGCUCUUCCAGAAGUCAGAAUACAAAGAGAACGGGAAGAUCAUCCGCUGGACAGAACUCUUCUUCUUACAAAGGGGGGAUCAUCCUAAAGGAGAAGUGACCGACUCUGCUGAACACAACCGGCUGACCGAGCGGAUCGCCAGGGCCUUCUGCCUGGCACUGUGUCCUCACCUCAAACUGCUGAAGGAGGACGGGAUGGCCAAGCUUGGGCUGCGGGUCACUUUUGACCCUCAAGAGGUGGGAUUUGUGGCUGGGAGUAACGGGCAGCCCCUCCCAGCUCAGUACCUCAAUGCCCUGGACAGCGUGCUCAUCCCUGUCAUACACAGCAGGGGGCGCAAAAGAAGCGACGAGCCCAUUGUCAUGGAGCUCAUCUUCUACAUCCUGGAGAACAUCACUUAAAAGGCACGCCUCCUGGUUUCAUCGUUUUAACCCUGACCACAACUCUGUCUCCAACACUUCUCAUCAGAGCUGCCAUCGGUUUCAGGGCAAUAAAAGCAGCGCAUUUAAAAGGGCCAGCCAGACCACAUCCAGGGUCUGCAUCAUGUCAUCCUCCACUCAUGAGUAGAGAGAUAUCAGCCUGGUAUCAUCCUGCCCUGCAAAAGACAAUCUGGAUACGCAUGAAUCGAAUCUUAUGAAGGACCAGUAGAUCAGAGCGCAGUAUUGCACUGUAGUAGCAAACUCCAUAGCUUAAUCUCAUUCACAAAACAAUGUUCAAUACCUUUAACGUGGGAGCCUGAUUCAGCCCCGCAACCUUAAAGCAAAGAGAAAAGAGAAUGACUUGAAGUACUGUAUGAAGUAGAUUUGUAGCAAAUUUAUUGCACACUGAAUGAAUGCCUAAGAAUGUUUUCAUACUGGAUGUAUUUUAACUGAUUGCUUAUGAAUUGCAUUGUCAGCCUGGAAUUAAAACUUGCAACGAUGACUGAA